GUGCAUGUUUACGUGCGUAUGUGUGUUUGUGGCAAGCGUCAAGAGUGUGUGUUGGUAGGCAGCAGACAGUCACCAGUUACAGUUCUGGCAAGGAGUUGAUUGAUAUCGUUAAGGAAAUUGCAGGUGUUACCAUGACCCCCUAAACCAAGUCUGUCUGUUGUGCCACUGUUUCCAUCCUCAGCACCUCCCUCUGUUGUACUUCCUCGACAGCAGGGCUAGAAAAUCCGGUAAACAUUAAGACAGGGCACGCCACUCUACUCACUAUUGUUUUUGACUUCGAACUCCAAACAAACUCUGGGACUUGGUGGAACAUUGUAGGCACAGUCCAAUGGAUGAAGAGGAAUGGGGAGAGCUUGAUGAAAAUGCUAUGGAAGAAUGCAUGAUACUGGCCACACAAUUAUGUACACAGCAGCAAGAUGUCCCCCGUGGCCAGAAGAGUCCUCACAAAGCCACAGCACCUCACAGUAAGCACCACCCUGAAACUGCAUCCAGGAGAGUUGCAGGUGUAGUGAGCAAUGGCAGUGUAAGGGACAGUGGAGUAUGCAGCACUAGGAGCAGCAGCUUGCAUCACUCAUUCAGUAACAAUAAUAGCUCUGUUAAUCAAAAGAAAGAUGUAUCUAAUAGUUACAUGAGGAGAUUCGAUGACUUUUCUACUUCAAGCACCAGUUCACACCCAAACACAUCAAUGAGGAAGACAGUUUCAGGCCCAGCAAGAAAUGGCAGUCUUGUAGUAAGUUCAAGGAGCAGUGCCAAUAAGGCCAAGAGUGCCACUAACUACUGGUCAGGAAGUGAUGCAAGUGGAGCAAGCAAUCAUGCCCUGCUGAAGAAGGAUGGAGAAGAGAAGACAGAUCCUAAUGAGAAGAUUCUUAUGAUGCAGGGAGAGAUUUCCCUGCUGCGAUCAGAACUGAAGAGGAAGGAGACUGCUUUAGAGACAGAGCGCCUGGACCACAAUGCUGCCAUUGAGGUGAUGGAAAGUAAAGGAAAAGAAAAGUUAGCUAAACAGGCAGCAGAAGCAGACAUGAAACUGAAGGAGAAAAGCAUGGCAUUUGAUAAACUACAAGGAGAACUUCAUUUUAAGAAAAGGGAAGUUGAGGAGCUUCUCAACCGCUGUCACCAGUUGGAGCAGCAGCCCAAGGCAUCACAGGUCUCAGAAGUACCAAGCAAGAGACCAAGGAUUGAUAAAAAUUCUUCAAUGUUUGGAAAGGAUGCAGACUUUAGUAUUUCUUCAAGAUUUGACUUUUCCCGGCGGCCUGCAAAAGUGUGUGUUGGUGUGCAGACUGAAGUGUCACAGCAGAAGAAUGUAAAGAGAACAAGGCUUAAUGUGGCUUCCCCAGCAGGCCAGGUUUCCCAGACCAGAAGCAUUGCCACUCUUCUCUCAUGCAGUGCCCCAGCUGCAUCCCAGUGCACAGCGCUAUCUAUGUCCACCUCUGCAGCUGCAGACUCAUCUCACUGUACUAGCUGGGCUUUACCUUCAGAAUGGUUAGGUAUCAUUUCACAAGGAUUGAGAGAGAAUGACAAAAAUAUUGAACGGAAAUUGAUUGGUGUGGCUGUUGAAAGAUUGCAGCAGACUAGUGUGGCUGUUUCAGAGAAUGGUGGCGAUCACAGCAGGCUGAUGCAAAAUUCAGAUGAUCCUGUAGAAUGGUAUGAGAGUCAAGUUGGCCCUGCAAUUCAAGUUUUAUAUAAUUUCAAGUCUUCUUCAGAGCCUGGCACACUUCAAGCCAUCAGUGCUCAUCUGCCACCCAUACAAGUUAAGGAUGUUAUUGUUAACAGAAGAAUACGUUCUAGAUUACUGGAGACAGCAGAGGACAUUUCUAAGUUCAUGAAGCAUCCUGUAGAAAGAAAUAAUAGUGAAUCUUUGGUGUCAGCAUUGAGGGAGUGUUGUUUGAGCCUCGGAAAUGAGAAUGAAGCCAAAGCAUAUGUAAGAGCUAUUGCGGCAGUCUGUUCUCACUGCCAGCUGUGUGUGUCUUCAGGCGUGUGUCUGAUUAGCCAGUUGUGUAAGAAGGUUAAGAAGCUCUGUGUCCCUGAGGUAAACAUUGUCAGAGCUCUGCUGGACAUGACUUGGGCCUUGGUGAAAUUAAGUUCACCUCCAUGGCUUAACACCAACUGCUGCUGCUCCGCUCAGCUUUUGGGGAUUUUCUUGUGGCACAUUUACCAGACACUGGAAGCAACUCAUCCCACAGAUAAAAGUAAUAAAAAUAGGAAGGUAGCGCAGGUGAUGGUGUCAUGUGUGCAGCUGCUGCACUACUGGUCCACCGUAGACCAAGACUGGUGGGAGAAAGUGGCACCCUUCCCACAGUACCCAACCCUCAUGGCUGCCCUUGCCUCCAAGGCCACCACUAUGAAAUUCAAUAAAGAAACAGUUGAGUUGUUAUGUGACUUGUACGAGUACGAGGAUGGAACUUUUGAAAGAUGACCAGGACAGGACCACUGCACAUGAUGAGGACAAGACCGCUGCUCAUCACAGUGCACUAACUACAUACCACAGGACAUUUCACAUUCCACAAUGAAUAUACCUAAGCUGUUGAAUGUUGUUAUUACUUGAUUGUUGUCAAGCUGUACUUGAUUGACCACAAGGAAUAUUUUUAUAUUUUUAAUUUUCAAAGACCCUUUCUUAUCUUUUUGCAAGAGAUUAUUUAUGUAGUACAUAAUUAUUUUAAGAAAAUAUCAAUUACCUAUGAAUAUGAAAUAUUUGAAAUUA